CGUCACUACCGGAAAUUUCUUCCACGCUUGGAGUCGCGCUGCGGUAAACUAGCUGUGAGACCCCAGACAUAACAAUUUUCUUAAAAAGUACCCCUUAAACCGGGUUAGGAGACGCAAGACACUAAUAAUGUCGGAUAACGAGGACAAUUUUGAUGACGGAGAUUUCGAUGAUGUUGAAGAUGAAGAGCCUCUGGAUGAUCUGGAGAAUGUGGAAGAUGAGGACCAAGAGAAUGUUCAGAUCCUGCCGGCAGGUGAAGGGCAGCAGGCCAAUCAGAAGAGAAUCACCACGCCGUACAUGACCAAAUACGAGAGAGCGCGAGUGCUGGGAACACGAGCUCUGCAGAUCGCGAUGUGUGCGCCGGUGAUGGUGGAGCUGGAGGGAGAGACGGAUCCACUGCAGAUCGCAAUGAAAGAGCUCAAGAGCAGGAAAAUCCCCAUCAUCAUCCGCCGGUAUCUGCCUGACGGGAGUUAUGAGGACUGGGGCUGCGAUGAACUCAUCAUUACUGACUGAGAAACACAUUCACACUCACAUUUCACGAUCCGCAUCAGAUCUGUUCUGGUUAUUCAGAUCUGUGCAGGUUAUUCUUCAUCCAGCAGUUGUUGUGUUUGUCCACAAGAGGGCAGCAGGAACACACAGAAACACCAGUGAAGAGAGGAAGAUUUCACUCAUAAUGUCAUAAUUUAAUGUUCAUUUUUGUGUUUAUUGUUGUGCAGAAUUAAACCUUUUUGUAGAAAAGAA